AUGAGUGACAUACCCAAACCUACUCCUCCAGAGUUCCCUACUGAGCAUACUAUGGAAGCAAAGAUUAAAUGGGAGAUGGAGAAUACCAAAUAUAACAAUGACACCAACAUCUAUCGGAGCAAGCUCGAAGGUGUUAGCAAGAUCAGGCAGGAGAUCCUCAGAACAGUGGCAGUCAAUGGCAACUUCGAUAUAUGGGAGGCCUUCUUCAAUAUCAACAUGUCUAUCGAUAAUCCGUACGCUGCUAUCCGAAAGAGAGAAGUUGAGAUAGGAGGUAAGGAGAACUUCUCCUUUGCAGAUGUGGUCAAUGACUUCCCGUUCCGAAUAUCGCAAGAAGAGAUACAUCAGAGACCAGAAGGAUGGAAGGAGAAUGAGCAGCAAUGUAAGAAGGUGGAUGAGGCACUCAAGAAUGAAGAUAUCAAGAAGAAGAUAGAUGCAGCGAUAAGCAAGGUAGCUGCUUCUAAUACUGAGAUGAUAGGACAGACGCUAGGAGGAAUGGUUCUUCUAAAGAAAUGUGGGGAACCUAUCGAUCAUUCUAUCGAUCAACCUACUGAUCAAUCUUCGAUCACUUCCGAUACUGUACCUGUCGAUCAAGCAACAAGAUGUCUAAAUGUGAACGUCGAGAGCUUUCCUUCCAACCAACGCCCCUAUCUCCGAGAUUCCUGGAUAUUCGAUACUGGUGCUGAGCGACAUAUCUGCAAUAAUCGAUCUAGAUUCCUAACGUACGAACCGUCAGAAGAGCAAAUUUAUACAGGAGAUUCGACAACAAGAGUUAUGGGAUAUGGAACUGUUUGGACCUACAUGACCAACAGUCUCGGCAAGCAGUUCAAAGUAAUUCUUAAGAACGCUGCCAAUCCAGCAGAACCUGCGAAGAUAACAGAACCUGUUAAGAUAUCAAAUACUUCUUACACCCCGAAGUGCUCUACUGCUUCCUCCAAGAUUUGGCAUCAACGCCUAGGACAUCCCUCGAUGAGAGCAGUUGAACAUCUGCCAACCGAUGCCAAAGGGGUUCAGAUAUCAGAUAUCAAAGAUAUGGCAAAGAGCAAUGAUAUCGAAGACAAAGAGCUCUGCGAACCUUGUCAUCUUGCUAAAGCAAAGAAUCAAAUAUCUCGCCGUCCCCAUAUACGAUCUAAACUGCCUUUCGAACGACUCCAUGCAGAUAUUGUACAAGGGCCUUCCUACUGCUACAACGGAGAACGAUGGCUCAUACAUUUUGUUUUAAGGUGGAUUAAACGCCAGUUUGAUUGUGAAACAAAGAUUAUACGAAUCGACAAUGAGAAAGGAAUCAAAGAAUCCGAUACCUUUAAGGAUUGGGUAAUUGAACUGGGCCUAGAAAUCGAAUACUCUUCGGAAUAUAUCCAUGAGCAGAACGGUGCUGCUGAACGAGCAGGUGCUAUCAUAACUACUAGAGCAAGAACUCUUAGGAUAGAAUCCUUGUUACCCCAAUCACUGUUCCCUGAGAUAGCAAUCGCUGCCGUUUACUUGCUGAAUAGGACCCCUACCAAGAUGUUAGGAUGGAAAUCGCCCCUCCGAGCACUAGAAGAAUAUCUUCAUAUCGAACAGCAUUCUUGUGCUCACUUACGUGCCUACGGAUGUCGUGCGUACGCAAAGAUCCCCAAUGAGAUCCUCAAUCGAAAUCGAUCACAGAAGCUUGAUCCCAGAGCUCAUAUUGGAUAUCUUGUGGGAUAUGAUUCUACAAACAUCUUUAGGAUUUGGAUUCCUCACCUAGAUAGGGUGAUAAGAGCAAGGGAUGUUAUAUUUGGUGGGAAUAGAAGAUAUAACCCAGAAGAACCUCAUAUUGAAAAACAGCUGCGAGAUUGGGUUACUCAGGAGGCUGAAUUCUUGGAUAUCGAAGUUCAGAAACCAAGGGUUGGCACUUCUCAACAAGAGAAUAAUCUAUACUCAGAUAUCGAUAUCUUCCGUCCUGAUGAGAUUCCACCGCGUACGGAGAACGUUGAUAAAGAUAGCGAAGAUAUCAACAAGGAACUGGAAGCGCAACUUAUGGCAGAUAUCUUACCUACACCGGAUUCUACACCUGAACCUGAUUCUAGCAAUUCUAUCGAACUUGACCUUCCUAUCGAUACUCAUCCGAUAUUAUCUAGCAAUCGAGCACCUAGAGCGAAUGAGAUCAGUUCUGAUUUCAGCGAAUCCAAUAUAAUUGAGGGUAAAAGAACACGCAAGGCAACCCAUCAUAUAGCAGUAUCUCUUGCUAAAGAUAUUCCAAAUCGAAUGAUCAACGCUGUCUUUGCGGAACCCCUAUCUAGAUCAGAACCUUUCAAAAUUCAUCGAUCUCAGUUACCUGACCCACCUCAACAUUGGAAUGAUGUCAACAAACACCCCUAUCGCGAUGAAUGGAUUAACGCUGCCAAACGGGAAUGGGACUCUAUAACCCAGCGAAAUACCUAUGAAGUUGUUAGCAGACCUUCGAAAGAUACUCCAGUGAUUCCACUAUGUUGGGUGUUUACUUACAAGUUUGAUGAUGAUGGUUAUCUUGUUAAGUUCAAAGCUCGUAUCUGCAUCCGAGGUGAUUUACAACCAGUAUCUGAGCUAGAUACCAAGGCUCACACCCUAGCUGCAAGAACCUUCCGUAUCUUGCUUGCUAUUAUCAACGCCUUUGACCUCGAUGCUGAGCAAUUAGAUGGUGUCAAUGCCUUUAUAAACAGCUCACUUGAUGAGCUAGUUUAUGUUGAACUACCAGAUGGUUGGUGGAAGUUGAAGGGGGUAUGGAAUCUCAAGAAGAACAACUAUGUUCUACGCCUACUACGCGCCCUGUAUGGCCUAAGGAGAUCACCCCUUCUGUGGCUUAAAGAACUAUCUACUACUCUUAAGCGGUUAGGACUCUCGAGGAAAAUAUGCCGGAGCGACGGCGCGCCAUUCGCAAAGGCAGACCUGGAUUGGGAUUUCUUCUGCGAAGUAAAGGAAUUCAUCCCGUGUUCCACGUUUCCCUUCUCGAACUUAUGGCUUAAAGAACUAUCUACUACUCUUAAGCGGUUAGGGUUCGUUCCAAUCCCUGAGGAUAAGUGCCUGUUCACCAACGGACGGAUAAUGAUAUUCUUCUACGUUGAUGAUACUGUUGUCGUAUCUCACCCUGAUGACAGAGAGGAAAAGGAUCAGUUAAUCAAAGAUCUCAAGAAUACAUACGAAUUCCGACAGAUGGGAAACCUCGAAUGGUUCCUUAAUAUGAGAAUUACUAGGGACCGGAGCUCUAAGAAGUUAUGGCUCUGUCAAGAUGCUUAUAUCGAUAAGAUGGUUGAUACUUAUCAUCUUGCUCAUGCUCGCAAAGCAUCAACACCUCUAUCUAGUGUUCCACUAGCGCCUUAUCAAGGAACUGCAUCGCCAGAGGAUUCCCACUACUAUCAACGCCGAAUCGGAUCCUGUAUCUACGCCGCAGUAAUGACUAGGCCAGAUAUCGCAUACGCAGUUGGCAAGCUCACAACCUAUAUGACCAAUCCUUCUGAGCGCCAUUCUGCAGAGAUCGAUCGCGUUAUUGCCUAUCUGCGAGAUUCGAAGAAUCUAGCAAUCGAAUAUAGCGUAUCUGAUAGUGAUGGCCUAUCAAUGAAUGUGGUUGAAGCAGCUUGUGAUGCCUCCUUCGCAGAUAAUUCAGAUAGAAGAUCAACAGAAGGCAGGCAGAGUCAAUUUGGUGGAACGAUUCUUUGA